ACGGCUGCCAGCUACAGUAUAUUUGGAGUUUCAUGAUUUUUCAGUAGUUACCCGGUCCCUACGGUCCAUUGAACACUAAACCUGCACAUUUUAAAUAAUCUUUUUAUUGUGGGCAGCCCCGGCGCAACUGUGCAAUAACGAUGCUGUUCAAUCAGGAGGAGCUUGAUAUCCUGCGCCUGUGAGGGGUUAAAUGCUCAUGAACAACAUAACAAAACUGAUUUGUGGUCAAUAUUUGAGAGAAAUUGGCCUUUUAUGUACGUAGAGGAAAGAUAGAUUUUUAUUUCCGAAUGAAUGGAUGGAUGGACUAGCUAGCUAGCUAGCUAGGUGGGUAAGUAUAUAGCUAGCUAGCUAGCUUGGUAGAUCGAUAGCGUAGAAGUGCGUGCCAUGUGGCAGGCAGUGGUUUUGCAACUUUCACCUGGGACACACGAGACUCGCAGGCUGAGCAUCUCAUCUCAGACCUGCGGGGCGAAACUGCAGCCUGGUGUUUGUUUCAUACGAGUGGGGUGAGUAUGUUUGACGCUGGGUGUGGGGCGAAAUCAAAGGGCCGAGACGUAUUGUUUCAAUGUGAAAAGGAGCUAAUGGCCGACCAUCGCAACUCGGGAUCUGCAAUCCACAGGGUGCCCCCGGGGCCCGGCUGGUACAAUGGCGCCCCCCCGUCCCUGCUCCUUCCCCGCGGCGCGUCUUCCUGCCGCAAUCUGCGGCCAACGACGCUAGGCCGGGGGGAGCGCAUCUGUGCGAGCAGGGGCCCGGGCCGUGAGUGCCUCGGUGGGGGUGGACCCCCUCCCAACCCGAUCAAGAAGAAGUUCACCCGAAUGCUCCUGAUGCUUUUAUGCUACAAAACAUCCUUGAAGUGUGGAAAAGAAAGCCACGCAAAGCGGUCACAAUUUACGGCGAGGAAAUAAAUAUAGAAAGCCAAUAUUUUUGGCUUAUUGUGAAAAAUUGACAAAACUGAUGAUACUUUGACAAACUUCAGAAGCAUUCAAGCAAUGGAAGAGUCGCCGUGUAUGAAUACAAUUCAAAAUAUGGCUCGCACUAAAUUAUUGAAUCAACUCCAUUAAAAAUAUUGAAUUGCAGUAAUCGGAAGAUAAACAUUCAACAUACAUAUGAACCGAAACACUUCUCUAUAAAUGAAAAUGUGCAUAACGCAAAUAAACGUGACAGGUAAGUAAAAAUAUACAAAUCAAUUCUACACAGCGUGCCUCAAAACUUAAUACCUGAACACGUGUUUUCAAGUUGAAAUGAAGUGGGCAAUAAAUAAAACCUGACGUUUUCCAUAAAGUGGUACAACACUUGAAACAAACAACAUAACAUCGGUCAACAGCACACUUAAUCAGACGUGGAUAUGUGUGUCUCAACGUAUGUUUGACGUUGAAGUGUAAUAUCUGCAUUAUAUACAAAUAACAUGAAAUGAAAAGAUGGAAUCCUUCACAAAGUGAAUAUAUAAAUCGAAGUAAGAAAUAUCAAUGUGGAUAUAGAAUUCGUUGACAAAUUCUUUAAACCUUUCCGCUCUGUCAAUGUUUCAACAUAAAUAUAGAAACACAAAUAUGGUAUUGGGUAUAUCAAUCUCAAAAUGCAACUGAAACUGUGACCAUUUUAUGAAAGAUAGAAAUCUUCUGAAAACGCUUUAGAAGUUCAAACUGAUAAUUCCGAUUUUAAAAGAAAGUAAACCGAGUAAAUCCAUAGAAGUAAUUCAAAAUGGCAAUAAAAGCCGUUUAUUUUAUUCAGCUUGAUGAACAAAAGGCCUAAUGGCGUGUAUUUUAAUAUCAAAGGCAUUUCGCAAAAUGCUCAUAAGUCGAAGGCUAAGCAAUCAUUAGAAUGCAUGUGUGACAUAUGCUUAGCAUUGUAGAUGCGUUUUAAUUAAAACAAAAAAAAACAAGUUUAGACUUUUUAAUAGUUGUUGCUUCUUAAAUGAAACCACGCCCACGGGUUGGUCGUGGAAGGGGGGUGGGUACUACCAAGGUCAAAUUCACCUUCAGCUGUGCGUAAUUGUGGGCGCAGCCAAUGAGCGACGAGGCCAAUGAUCUCCACCUCUGGCAAAACGUGUGUUGACCAGCCCAAUGCGCACAUUCAAUCUCUCAGGCCGAGGCCGGAACUGGUUACCCCGAGAUUCGGCCUUCAUGGACUAGUUCGUAACCUCCUUUUGGCGGUUAUGUUGUCCCGGUUGUCCACCAACUCCCAUGGACUUUUGCUUUGACUAAGACUUUUUUUGUGUCGUCCCCAUUAAGGUAAGUUUAACUGCCAAGAUGUCCGAAAGACCCCACAGCCCAAGCUCGGAGUGUCAAAGCCGCCCGUAUGACUUCAGCCGGGCAUGCACGCAGAUUUUGGGCCAAGAGGGCCUCGGGGGUUCGUCCUUUCACCAACUCCCCCUGCCAGAAGCGGGUGUGCUCUACAAACAGGCUCCCUAUGGAGGCCUGCCGUCGGCCGCUUCGCAGAGUUUCUUCCCCUUCCCGUCGGUGGCUACCGGCGACUACCGGGCCUCCGAGCUCCAGGUCGGGGAUUUCGGCCAGCCCAAGCAUUGGUAUCCGUUCGCCGCGCCCGAGUACACCGGACAGGUACCCGGUGUAACCGCAGCCACGCAGCCCGUCAACUUGAGCCCCCCCAUAGCCGAAACCCGGGAGCAAAUCAAGCUCUCCGAUAUCAAGACGGAGAAAGAUACCGGGGACGACUACUCGAGUGAGGUGAAGGUCCAGCAGUAUCCGCCGACAUCCGCCGCCAUGCAUCAAGGAGUCCUAUACUCGAGUCCCUGGAUCCCGUCCUUCUGGCCCGGUAUCAGCCACCUCACGCCGCCCGGCAGCGGGGGAGGCAGCAACCAGAAUGCGUCGACGUCUUCUACGUCGUCGCCAUCCAUGUCCCCGUCGCCGCCCAGCAACGGCGUGCCGGCGAACGCCUUCUUCGGCGUCACGCACGCCCAAGGUGCACCCGGGCCUCCGGGCCAGAACCCGGCCUCGUCAACGAGGAGCAGCGGCUCGUCCAGCGGCGGUUGUAGUGAUUCGGAAGAGGAAAACCUUUCCACUGAAGAAUUGGAGCAGUUUGCCAAAGAACUGAAACACAAGCGCAUCACUUUGGGUUUCACUCAGGCCGAUGUUGGCCUUGCGUUGGGCAACCUGUAUGGUAAGAUGUUUAGCCAGACAACCAUUUGCCGCUUCGAAGCCCUCCAGUUGAGCUUCAAGAACAUGUGCAAGCUGAAGCCCCUCCUCCAGAGAUGGCUGAACGAGGCCGAAACGUCGGAAAAUCCCCAGGAUAUGUACAAGAUCGAGCGGGUGUUUGUGGACACCCGGAAGAGGAAGAGGAGGACCAGCCUGGAGGGAGCUGUCCGCUCGGCUCUGGAGUCUUACUUUGUCAAGUGUCCCAAACCCAACACUCAAGAGAUCACGCACAUCUCUGACGAUUUGGGCCUGGAGAGAGACGUGGUCAGAGUGUGGUUCUGUAACCGGAGACAGAAGGGCAAGCGCCUGGCUCUGCCUCUGGACGAAGAAGCCGACGGGCAGUUCUAUGAGCCGAGCCCCUCGCCCCUCAACAUGGCCAACUCCCCCAUCCCCAGCCAAGGCUAUCCUCCACCGUCCAGCUACCCGGGAGCCCCGCCGCCUACGCUUUACAUGCAGUCGCUUCAUCGGCCCGACGUCCUGAAGCAAGCGCUGCACCCUGGACUGCUCGGUCACCUGACUGGAUAG